CCUCCCUCUUUUCCCUUUGCGCGCGCGCGGGGGAGGCUGCUUCCCCGGUCGCCACUUUCGCUUUCGCAGCGCGCCUAACCGGAGAGGGACCCUCCUGCGCCGGCGGCUGGUUUUGUGUGCGAGGCCCUUUCUUCUCUUUCUCCUCCUCCUCCUCCUAAUCCUUCCUCCUUCCUUCUCUCCUUCCUUCCCCACGUGCAGGCGGCGGCGGCGGCGGCGGCCGGGACGGCGCCAUGGCCGGGCUGGAGCUCCUCUACCACUCGGUCUCCCCGGACAUCUCCAGCCCGCAGGACGCCUUGAUCUGCUACCUGCACUGGAAGCUCAUCACGCAAGGCUUCCGCUGCCUCGGCGCCGGCGACGAGCCAGGCGCCAACGAGAGGAAGUCUGAGAUGCUGCCUGCCGGGUGGAACGCAGACAGCGACCUGUUCACCCUCCGCUACAGGAUGAAGGACGAUUCCCGUGACCUACUGCUGAAGGGGAUCAUGAUGGACGGCAGCAUCAUCCUCAAUGCCAUGGAUCCCAAGUUACAGAAAGUGACAGCUUUGACCUUGAAAGUGUCCGACUUCGUCGACCCGGAACACCUGGCUGAUUUUGACAAAGUGUACCAGAACACAGAGGAGCUGCAGGCACAGGUCACGGCCCACAUCGUCUCUCCCUUCGAGGCGGCCAAAGAGAGGAGCGUGGCCAAGGAGGAGCCCCGGCGUGAGCGGAACCCGUCUCCUCCCAACCCUCCGGACCAUGACCCGCUGUGGAUCCCGCCUCGCCAUCCCCACGGCAGCCGGCAGCCCAACUGGCCAGACCCCAUGGGGCCCUUCGCCGUUGGAGGAGAAGACCUGAACCCCUUUGGGGGCCGAAGCGGUGGGAUGAUCAUGGAUCCGCUGCGUUCAGGGUUUCCAAAUCCCAUUCGCGACCCGUCUUCAGGACUCCCCAACAGGCUGCCUCCAGGAUCCGUGCCUCCUGGUGCCAGAUUUGACCCCUUUGGGCCCCCUGGGGCAAACCGGAGUGGGCCAAACCCUGACCACCUGCCGCCGCCCAACUACGACGACAUGUUCAUGUGAGGACUGCUGAGGACCUGCUCCCCUCGGGUUGAUCGGCGCUCAUCUCUGACCCCCAAGUGUUUGGGGCACGGGCUUCCGUCUGCUAGCAGGCCGCCACCCUGUCUCCUGCUUUGAUUUCCCACCACAUAAACCGGAAGAGGAAGGCGUGUGCAUAGAAAUGUUUAUGUAUAUAUCUAUUUUCCCCUUCUCUCUUCUCCUGCUGCCCCAAACACUUUAGGUUGACUUCCCCGCCGCCCUGAAACGGCAGGCGCCAGUGAAAACGGACUGCCAUGCUCUUAACAUCUGCUGGGGGGUUGGUUUUCGAAGGAUGCGCAGGGGCCAGGGAGGAAUUGUCCCCUUCCAAAACCUGGGUGUGCCCAGCAACCCAGUUGGCCACUGAUGGUUUCUGACGCUAGUCAUAGCAGGGGCAGGUAGGGAAGAGUUGGACCAAUCGAAAGCCCACCCUCCAAAAUGCCUCCACCCUCCCCAGCUUGUCACUCAAAACAAGCUCCAACUUAAAAACCCCUUUUUUCCUUGAAAGGCCAUUUCCCCGUCCCCCUAUUUUCCUAGCUUCUGAUGAAACCAACCGGCUACCUGGCAAGUAAAAAAAAAACAACC